AUGACGUUUGUCGCAUGACUGGGGAAGUUGCAAACUCCAAAAUGGACGAAGUAGCUAGCAUGAUCCCCUUGCAUACUACCACAGCAGUGCUAGAAGUGGAACAAAGAUUGCAGUCACCAGACUUUGUUCAGACAAUGACGAUAUACUUGCACAAGAUUAAGGGGGGAUCAGAGGAUGUCAGCAGCGUAAUCCGCACCAUCAUUACAGAUGACCUUCUUGAAAAAUACAACUGGGAGGGAACGUGGGAGAAACAGGCGCUGAGCGAACUAUCUUUUGUGAAUAAGACUCUGCGCGAUAUACAUUUUAUUCUAAAAAAACAUGUACGCCUUUGUAUUUAAAUUUUAGAUGUUUUCUCAGCACAAGGCGCUUUAGAAUUUGAAAAGAGCUUACGCAAAGCAGUGGUACGUGCCCAUCAUCGGCUUCAGCAAAAAAAGUACUUUCGAAAAGGCAAAACAACGAUUACACCUGCUACAACA